AUGUCACUACUAUCCAAAGCACUUGGUCCACCCACAAUUGCGGUCAACAGAGUCACUUGCUACAGGUCUUUGACUCUUUGUUCCCCCAAGCUUCAAGCUGCGAGACAAACCGUCGACAAACAGGAAGAUCAUAAGAGCCCUACUUUUACAUGGUCCGAUUUCUUUAAGCUCAGAAAGCAAGAACGAAAAAUCAAUCUGGGCUCAUCAAUUGUUACUGCUUUCCUUGGUUGUAAUGCUUCAUGGGCUUAUCUUUCUACAAUGCAAAUCGACCCCACUCAGAUGAUAAUGGGUUUCGACCCCUUGAUGGUUGUAUCUGCAGGAUUGAUCGCUUCCGGUGCUGUGGGGUACUUGUUUGGUCCACUGUUUGGAACCAACAUUUUCAAAUUGAAGAACAAGGCUCAACUAGAUGAAUACAACAACAAGACCAAAGCGUUCCUCAAACAUGUGGUAGCGAAUCGUGUCGACUCUUCGUCUCAGAGUUUCAGCAAUCCUGUACCCGACUAUUAUGGCGAGAAGAUCGGAUCAUUACGUGAAUACAGACAAUGGCUGAGAGAUUGUCAUGCAUUUCGGAGAAAGGCCAAAGAAUUUCUCUAG